AAAUCACGUACAAGAUUUUUCUUGAUAUUGUUUUAUUGGGUUUAAAGAAAAGAGUUGUAAACAAAGAGUGACACGUGAGAAAGCAUGGCAGAUAUUGCUGUAGAGAAUUCGUGCACAAUUUGCGACACAGACAAAUCGGAGAGUGAUCUCGAGAAACUCUUGGACAAUCUAAGAUGUACAAUGGGAAACGAGAAGUUACAAGAUGUAUGUUCUGAUCACACUUCUAAGCUGCGGGACUGUAUAAUAAAUUUGCAAAACAUAGCAAACUGUAACAAAUCUAUAGAAGCUAACACCAAUUUAGAGGAAGUCUUUCUGAUCCUGUUGCUUGCACACAAGUCUAAAAGGAUUGUAUCGAAGACAGCAAAUGUCAUAGCUGAGAUCUCAAAGACUGACAGAGGAAGAGAGAAGUGUACUAGUAAGGAAGUGGUACGAGCGUUGACAAAUCUUUUGAAAGAAGAAAAUGUAGACGUACUUGCACAAGCUUGCAGAGCUUUAGGAAACAUUUGCUACGAGAAUGUAAGUGGUAACAAGCUGAUAGCAGAUCAAGGUGGUGCGGAAAUAAUCUUAACCGUUCUGGAAAAAAGUGUUGCGUUGAAAGAUACUGAGGGUGCUAGUUUUUUGCGGGAGGUGGCUACUGGAUUAUUGUUAAAUUUUUUAGUGUUCUACAAAGAAAUUCACACAAACCAGUCAUUGCUUCACAAAAUAAUUACGGUUGUUACCAACGUCUUGGAAGCAGGUGCAUCCAGCAAUGAAGCAGUAAUGCACGCGUUACGCAUUAUUGAAAUUAUAAAUGACUUUAUUGUUUUCGAUGAAAAAUUACAAAAACUGUUGUUUAAUAUACUGGCCAGUAACGCUUCCUUUGAAUGUUGGGAAAUAUGCUUAGAGAUCAUGCAUGAUCGAGUAAUAAAAGAUGAAAAAGUAAGAUUAUCACUAAUCAAAACAGGAGCGUGCGAAUUGAUUUGCAAAUUUGUGGAAAAAUAUGGUCCAUACUGUAACGACGAAGAUAAGCGAUCCGUCUUGCAGUUCGCUUGCAAUAUGAUUCUUGAAUACUGCAGUAGAGAUGACAGUAUAAAAUUACUUUACGACGACGACAAAGGCAUUGUCUACCACAAAUUAGUGGAAUGGCUGGAAAACGCUGAACUACUCGUUCAGUAUACUGCUGUGAUAGCUGUAAACAACUUCGCAUGUAACGACGAACAUUGCAAGCGCAUGGUCGAGCAGAAUCUUCAUCAGAAAGUGUUGCGUGUUCUCAAGAAAUGUAACUAUGCGUCUGACAGCGUUAAACUUCAGUGCGGCUUGCUCGGUAUUCUACACCGUCUUGCCAUACACGCGGAAAAUAAACCGAUACUACUCGCCGAUGGUCUGUUCGAAAUACUUUAUACGAUGUUAGACAAUCCUAAUUUACUUGUCAUUCCUUAUUUGUUGGGCACGUUUAGAAUAGCCAUAGGUGGCCAAAGAGAAUCAGCAAUCUCUUUGGCACAAAAAGAAGGAUUCAUUGAACAACUUGUUAAGUGGUGCGACGUUGACUGUCCCAGAACUGAGGCUGAAGCGAGUCGAUUAAUAGCCUGGCUGAUAAACAAUAGCAGAGACAAGCAAAUCGUCUUGUUGGUUAUAAGAAACGGCGCGAUGAAGCCUUUGGUAGAUAUGCUUCUGGCUCAGCAUCCACUUAUGCAAAACGAAGCGCUCGUAAGUCUAAAGAUAAUAACGAAAGUUUGUCUGGCGGAAUCUGAAGUCGCGCUGAUUAAUAACGAUUUUGGGAGUAAGAUGCGCUCGUUUCUCGAAAAAUCCGCCAAGAGUCUCGACGCGCACAUCGUGCUGAAUGCUCUGUCUGUAUUGCAGUGUGUCGCAUCGGGAUCAGACCGACUGAAAGAACAUUUAAAUCAGCGGGAGUUACUUGAAGCGUGUAAAGCUGUUUGCCCGAACGAAAACGAAGAUUGUGCUGAGGACCUAAAAUCGCAACUCGCUAAUUUAAUGACGAUGCUUGGAAGGAGAAAUGUCGAUUGUGAAACAAUAAAGGAGUGAGAGGUCACGCAUCUUCCAUCGCGUUCUCAUUUUUACCGUUGUCUUUUGCAUCAUUCCAAAGAGCUGUGCAAAUUUCUCUAAUGACUGCGUUUGAGAGAGAGAGAGAGAGAGAGAAAAAGUAUAUAUUCUAUAACAUGCGCCUUAUAAAAAAAUUCAUCUUCUUACGUGUUGAGAUUUUUAUUUCGUUCUUACUUUUAUACUUAAUACCUUUUAUGUAGCGUAAUUCAGUGUAAUUUUAUAUACAUUUUGCAUGUAAAGCAUAUAAUAUGGA